AUGCAAUGUCUAUCUGCCCUUGUUGACGAGAACAAAACGGAGCACCUGUUGAGGAACAAAGCCCAAACCCAACUGAUCAACCCCAGAUCUUCUAAUGCCACCGAGAGCUUCAAGAAAUCACCUCUUAACCCAAUCGGUGUCGAAACUGGUAGAAUGGAAGCCGCCAUUGAAUCGGAUGAAAAUGGAAUCAAGGCGCCAGACUCCGUUGGUGGAAAAUAUAGAGGACAUCAUAUUUCGACAGAGCUAGAGGAGGGUACGAAGGAGAGGAGGUACAUGACUCAUACUGGUUGGAACUCUACUUUGGAAAGCAUAUUUGAGGGUGUGCCAAUGAUUUGCUGGCCAUACUUUGCUGACCAGCAGGUGAAUAGUAGGUUUGUGGGGGAAGUUUGGAAUCUUGGGGUGGACAUGAACGACACUUGUGAUAGAGUCAUAGUUGAGAAGAUGAUCAAUGAUCUGAUGGAGGUGAGGAGGGAUGAAUUCAAGAGAUCAGCAGAUGAAAAGGCAAAGUUGGCGAAAAGGGCUGUGAGUGAAGGUGGGUCCUCAUACUAUAACUUGGACUGUCUGAUUGAGGAUAUAAGAUUGAUGAACGGUGGAGGAGUAACUCAUAGCUAA